AUGGUUGAAGUUGAACCGAAGCGUGUCGAGUUGUGCCCUACACUGAAGGCAGUGACGGUCUUCAAGGACCGCGCACAGCUCACGUACAGCGUCAGCGCCUCCCUCUCUGUCGGAAGGCACGCACUCUUCAUGCGGGGCGAGAAAGGAUGGGAAAGCAUCGAGCAGCACACGGUGCAAGUCCGUCUGGAGGAUGCGGCGAAUCAGCCGGUGCUGAUGCAUGGUGUGCGUUUUGAAAACCGCGCCACAAAAGAGGACAUGCGAGAGCGCGUGCGGGAGCUUGAGAAGAAACUGGACACCGUUCAGGAGAGCCUCGACGACGUCGCUGACAAGGAAACAAUCAAUGACGCACUCGAAGCGGCACUGAAGCAAGUGUGUGAGAAGCUCGUCAUCAUGGGCGAGCGUGGCGUGGGGCCCGAUGCGCGGGCUGAUGCGGCACCCAUCGCAGGGUUUCUUUCAGAUCCAACGUCGUGGCCUAAGGUGAUGCAAUUCCUCACCGGCCGCAAGCGGAAGGUUGCUGAGGCGAAGUUGUUGCUCUCUGAAGAGAAGAAGAGCUUGGACAUGAGGAAGAGUGAGCUAAAGAAGAAGAUUGAAGACUUGCGGCGCGGCAGGCAAGAUGAGCGGUGGGAGACAUCAGUGGAGGUGGCGCUGUCUGUGGAGGAGCGGCCCGUCGAACUGACGCUGUUGGUGAGCUUUGUUGCCAUGGGUGCCACCUGGACACCACUCUACGACUUACGCGUGGAUCCGACGCAGUCGACGAUGGACGUCACAUAUCACGCACAGGUGCAGCAGAACACCUCAAUGGACUGGUCAAAGGUGCAGAUGAAGCUCAGCACCGCCACACCGCACUUCAGUUCCCAUCCGCCAGAGCUCCAGAAGUGGUGCAUCAGCCUUGAGCCGCCGGUGCAGACAAACUUGUUAUUGCGUUCCGCAAGGAUGGCGACCCCCGGCGGACCAAUGCCACUUGGCGCGUUGGCAACUGCAGCAUCAUCGACAGAGGCACGGGCCGCCCAAGUGGAGCAGGCGGUUGUGUCCUCCUCGUCGACCGUCAGCACUUUUGAGAUUGCUGGCCUUGCAACAGUGAAAAGCGACAACAAGCCAGUCAAGGUGACCAUUUCCAACCACACCUUCCCUGUGGGUUUGGUGUAUCAUGCGGUGCCGAAGUGCAGCCCGUCGACGUAUCUCCUUGUCAAGGCGAAGAACACAAGCCCGUAUGUGUUCCUCCCCGGAAAAACGAUUCUCUUUGCUGGCAACACAUUCAUCGGAAACUCAGAGCUGGACAUGGUUCCUGCUGGUGCCGAGUUUACCACAUCGCUCGGCACAGAUGACACGGUAUGUAUCACGCGGAAACAGGUGAGUCGAAAGAAGUCUAUCGAGCGUACCAUGUUGCGCCACCCGCAAGAGCGCGUCCAGUAUGUGUACGAAUUCACUGUGAAGGGAUCACUGGCGAAGGAGGCGACUCUGGUGGUGCAGGAUCAGUCUCCCAUUGCUUCCAGCAAUGACGUCAGCGUGACGCUACGUGAGCCCAACACAAAGAUGUUGAGCGAAGGGACCACGAUGGAUGGAACCGUCUGCACCAUGGAUGAUUUGGGCGUUGUGGAGUGGAAGCUGCAGCUACCAACUGGGGCCUUCACGCGCGUAUUCCGCUUUGCCUUCAACGUUGAAUACCCCGAGAAGAUGCAAGUUGCUGGUCUAGCUAACUGA